ACUUAGGCAGAGGAAUGGGAGUUUGCACAAGGGUGUUUAUAAGGGAUUAGUCAUGGGAAGUAGAUUUUUACUCCCAUUCCCUUGUUUGGUAUAUGAUGGAAAUUAGCGUGGGAUAAAACUCUGCUCACGAAUUAACAGGGUGCCCCCUGGGAAGAAAUAGGUGGGAAUUGGCUUCCUCGACUCCCAUUGCCCUUCCUACUUAAACUCCCAUUCCCUCUAAUCAAACAGUGGACUUUUAAUCUCCUCACCUCUCAACUCCCAUUCCCCAUCUCGAAUUCCCCCGAACCAAGCACGCUGUCAAGAUGCAGAUCUUUGUGAAGACCCUGACAGGCAAGACCAUCACCCUCGAGGUUGAGUCCUCAGACACCAUCGACAACGUCAAGGCCAAGAUCCAGGACAAGGAGGGCAUCCCUCCGGAUCAGCAGCGUCUCAUCUUUGCCGGCAAGCAGCUUGAGGAUGGCCGGACCUUGGCCGACUACAACAUCCAGAAGGAGUCCACACUCCACCUGGUGCUGAGGCUCCGUGGCGGCAUGCAGAUCUUCGUCAAGACCCUGACCGGCAAGACCAUCACCCUGGAGGUCGAGUCCUUUGACACCAUUGACAACGUGAAGGCCAAGAUCCAGGACAAGGAGGGCAUCCCUCCGGACCAGCAGCGUCUCAUCUUUGCCGGCAAGCAGCUUGAGGAUGGCCGGACCCUGGCUGACUACAACAUCCAGAAGGAGUCCACACUCCACCUGGUGCUCAGGCUCGGAACAGGCAGAUUUGAGCUGGGCCCGCAGGGUUUGGAAUUGGGUCGAGUCCUCUGACACCAUCGACAACGUGAAGGCCAAGAUCCAGGACAAGGAGGGCAUUCCCCCGGACGAGCAGCGUCUUAUCUUUGCUGGCAAACAGCUCGGCGAAGGGGCCAUUCAACCCGUGGAGGCACCCCAAAACCAGGGUCAAGCUCAUAUUCUAAAUGUGACGAUAAACAACACUGUUGUUAAUAUUAACAACAACUUUGUUGUUCCUCCGGAACAGGCAGAUUUGAGCUGGGCCCGCAGGGUUUGGAAUUGGGUCGAGUCAUCUGACACCAUCGACAAUGUGAAGGCGAAGAUCCAGGACAAGGAGGGCAUCCCCCCGGACCAGCAGCGUCUUAUCUUUGCCGGUAAGCAGCUUGAGGAUGGCCGCACCCUUGCGGACUACAACAUCCAAAAGGAGUCCACCCUCCACCUUGUGCUCAGGCUCCGUGGUGGCCAGUAAGCUCCUGGCGAUGGGGCUCUGCUUCUGUCUGGGUUCACAAGUCUCGGGUGUCUUCGGUGUCCUUCAUGUUGUCCUCUGUGUCUGGUUGCCUGAUCCUGUGCUUGUUUCUGUACCGUACUGUGAUGCAGUGUUGUCGUUCGUAUCUUAUAACUUCUGCUGGUGUGCAGCAGCUUUGGUGAAAAUAAGUGAGCCCUGAAUUCGAUCCA